AUGAGGAUCGAGGAGGUGGCUUCGACGUCGAAGCAGGCCCGCGUGGCGACGCACACGCACAUCAAGGGGCUCGGGCUGGCAGAUGACGGGACGGCGCUGCCCAUGAGCGCAGGCUGGGUCGGGCAGGAGGAGGCCCGGGAAGCCUGCGGCGUCGUCGUUGAGAUGAUCCGACAGAAGAAAAUGGCCGGCCGCGCGCUGCUCCUCACCGGCGCCCCCGGCACCGGCAAGACAGCCCUGGCGCUGGGCAUCGCACAGGAGCUCGGAACCAAGGUGCCCUUCUGCCCCAUGGUAGGCAGCGAGGUCUACUCCAGCGAGGUCAAGAAGACCGAGGUCCUCAUGGAGCACUUCCGCCGCGCCAUCGGCCUGCGGAUCAAGGAGAACAAGGAGGUGUACGAGGGCGAGGUCACGGAGCUCACGCCGGUCGAGACGGAGUCCGCGGGCGGGUACGGGCGCGUGGUGUCGCACGUCGUCAUCGGGCUGCGCACGACCAAGGGGACGAAGCAGCUGAAGCUGGACCCGUCGAUCCACGACGCGCUGACGAAGGAGAAGGUCGGCACGGGCGACGUGAUCUACAUCGAGGCGAACAGCGGCGCGGUGAAGCGCGUGGGGCGCUGCGACGCGUACGCCACCGAAUUCGACCUCGAGGCCGAGGAGUACGUGCCGCUGCCGAAGGGCGACGUGCACAAGAAGAAGGAGAUCGUGCAGGACGUGACGCUGCACGACCUGGACGCCGCGAACGCGCGCCCGCAGGGCGGGCAGGACCUCAUGUCGGUCAUGGGUUCCAUGAUGCGCCACAAGAAGACCGAGAUCACGGACAAGCUGCGGCAGGAGAUCAACAAGGUCGUCAACCGCUACAUCGACCAGGGCGUCGCGGAGCUCGUCCCGGGCGUGCUCUUCGUCGACGAGGUCCACAUGCUCGACAUCGAGUGCUUCACGUACCUCAACCGGGCGCUCGAGUCCCCGCUGGCGCCGAUCGUGAUCUUCGCGACGAACCGCGGGGUGUGCGAGAUCCGCGGGACGGACAUGACGUCGCCGCACGGCAUCCCGGUGGACCUCCUCGACCGGCUAGUGAUCAUCCGGACGCUGCCGUACACGCCGCAGGAGAUCGUGCAGAUCAUGGCGAUCCGCGCGCAGGUCGAGGGGAUCGCGAUCGAGCAGACGAGCUUGGCGCACAUGGGGAAGAUCGGGGAGCGGACGAGCUUGCGGCACGCGGUGCAGCUGCUGACGCCGGCGAUGGUGCUGGCGCGGACGAACGGGCGGGACGAGAUCUGCGAGGCGGACGUGGACGAGAUCAACGGGAUCUUCCACGACGCGAAGCACUCGGCCAAGCUGCUCGUCGAGCAGGCCGAGCACUACAUCAAGUAG